CGUCACUGUCUCUCGCCGGGCCUCUGCGGCUUUGAAGUUUUUGAAUCCACGUCCACUCAUCUCCACCCUAGUUUCCUAUUUUUAUUUGAAUUUCUCCCCAUGGAAGAAGCAGUAAGUCCGGGGCAGAGAGCGACAAUGAUAAACCGUCUUCAGUCUCCAACCACCGCCCUUUUUUUGGGCUCCAACGACGACAAACUCGAACGCGCACAGGCACGCGCAGCCGCACGCGCCGCUGCAAUCCACCGAACAGCUCCGGCAAGUUUCACGCUGGAAGCCGGCGUGAAAAUUUACUCUGUCAGAGUGGAUGCUGUGCAUGCUGAGGCCUAUAAGGUCCUAAGUGGGAUCAAUCGAGUAGGGCAAGAAGAUGUACAUGGGAUUUUUGCCUUUGCUCAGUUCCUAACAUGGUGGUUUGGUGACACAGAUGCACUCAAGAGGGUGGUAGCGUAAAUAACAGUGUGGAGGGCUGUCAUACUAAGAAAGAAUCUGAGAAGAAGGUUGAUUGUUUUCUAGUUUACGCUACCUUGGUGCAUUUAAGUCUGGACUAACAUGAGUGAUUUUUGCAGAUCUCACCACUGUCAACAUUGGAGUGGCCCGGCACAAUCACUGGUUUAUUUUGUAGCUAGCUCACCUCCCAUAUUGACAGUCUGGGUGAAAUGAUCUGAAACAAAGGGGCCCGGCACAAUCACUGGUAGAUCAAAUAGGAUGCAAAAUGUGUCAUCAAUAUCAGUAUGUCCCUGACCUAUUGAAGUCAGACCCUCGUUGAACUGGUGAAGAAGAGGAGGACAGUGCUUGAUGGUGUCCAAGAGAGACAGGUCAAGAAACUCAGUACCAGCAUUGAUGGACUCCAGCAACUUCUUCAUUAAAUUCCAGCCAAGGGAUACAGCAGCCAGGUUCUGCUUAAAUACAUCCUUGGAAAUAAUCUCAUCCCUCUUUGCCAGUCCAGCCUGAAGUUUGCUAACCUCCUCAUGCAGCUCCUCUACUUGUUUUUUCAGGUCGUCUGCUUCUUUCUUCUUUUCCUUGAAUUUAGGGUUGGCAUCAAUAGAAGCAGCUGCUAAAAUUUAUUGUUCCGGCUUCCUUCUUUCAGCAUCUUUGACUUGAAGCUUCUCAUAUUGCUUCACCAGAUAAAUCGCAUGAGAGAUAGAGGACCCCAGAAGUUGGAAAAGAAAGAGAAGAAAAUCAUUGUUUAAAAAAAAAAAAAGGUUUGGAGAUAAUAGAGAUUAAUUGAGGAAGCAAUUUUGACUCAAAAAAAGUUAAUAAUAAUUUGAACUUUUU